AUGGACGCCAUUCGCAACUUCCUCAAAGUCCGUACCAGCUACGACGUCCUCCCACUUAGUUUCCGGCUCAUCAUCUUCGAUACGUCGUUGUCCGUCAAGGAGAGCUUGAAUAUCCUGAUACAGAAUGGCAUCGUUUCAGCUCCCCUGUGGGAUUCCAGCUCCUCGACCUUUGCCGGUCUCCUGACCACGUCCGAUUACAUCAAUGUCAUCCAAUACUAUUUCCAGAAUCCCGCCGCCUUGGACCAGAUCGAUCAAUUCCGGCUCGAUAGUCUCCGAGAGGUGGAAAAGGCGCUGGGCGUUGCGCCCCCCGAAACGAUAUCCAUCGACCCGCAGCGACCGCUCUACGAGGCCUGUCGGCGCAUGCUGGAGUCUCGGGCCAGGAGGAUCCCGUUGGUCACCCAUGACAGCCAAACGGACCGGGCCCAUGUGCUCAGCGUCGUCACCCAAUACCGCAUUCUGAAAUUUGUCGCCGUCAAUGUCAGCGAUACCCAGAAACUGCGAAAGCCUCUAGGUGAACUCUUGCUCGGCUCGUAUCACGACGUGGCGACUGCGUCGAUGGACACACCUGUUAUCGAUGUGAUCCACAUCCUCGUGGAGCGGAGCAUAUCUAGCGUUCCCAUCCUAAACUCCGAAGGUGUUGUCUACAACGUCUUCGAGUCGGUGGACGUGAUCACACUGAUCAAGGGCGGUGUUUAUGACGACUUGAGCCUCACAGUGGGCGAGGCACUGAAGAAGCGGUCUCCGGAUUUCCCCGGUAUCUACACAUGCUCCCUGAACGAUGGUCUGGAUACCAUCUUCGACACGAUUCGCAAGUCUCGCGUGCACCGCCUGGUCGUGGUGGAUGAGAACUUCCGCCUCAAGGGUGUCCUGACUCUGAGUGAUAUCCUACAGUAUAUCCUCCUGGAGGGCGAGACUGACGAGCUGUCAUGAUCAAUGCAUUUAUUCCUUGCGCUUGGUGCGCUGCUACGUAUACUCACUUGCAUCGGAUGGCGUUCUCACCUGCUAGCAUCGGCCCCGAAGCCUCGCGCGGUUUCGGCGGCCAUCGCUCGCCCAUGAUUCUUUUUCAGUGAUUAUUUUUUUCCCCUUUCACUUUCUAAUUCUCUUCUUUCUCACUUUGAUUAUCUAAACUCUUGGGCUCGAAUCUGUCUGUCUGGGUUUGCAAUGCAACUGCAAAAGUAGAAGGUCUGAUAUGAUAUGAUAUGGCGCGAUAGGUGCUUCAGUUUCUCAUUCGCUUGAGUAUGAGUACGCGUGUACACAAUAUAUACUUCAUCUAGUAGUAGCUGCGGAGCCAGUGCUGUUUCGGCUGGCGGUAGAUAGUGAUUGAUCGUGAUGUCGAACAGACAGGUUCUGGUGUCCAUACUGAU